CAGCCUCCGUUGCCGGUAGUUCUAAGGUUCCGGUGGAGAUGGAGGUGAACCCACCCAAGCAGGAGCAUUUACUGGCGCUAAAAGUGAUGAGAUUGACCAAGCCUACUUUAUUCACCAAUAUUCCAGUAACAUGUGAAGAUAGAGACUUACCAGGAGAUCUCUUUAAUCAGCUCAUGAAAGAUGAUCCUUCUACUGUAAAUGGUGCAGAAACUUUGAUGCUUGGAGAAAUGUUGACCUUGCCUCAGAACUUUGGAAACAUAUUUUUGGGAGAAACCUUUUCCAGUUAUAUCAGUGUUCACAAUGACAGCAACCAGAUUGUAAAGGACAUAUUGGUAAAGGCUGAUCUCCAGACAAGUUCUCAACGUUUAAAUCUGUCAGCUUCCAAUGCUACAGUUGCAGAACUUAAAUCUGAUUGUUGUAUUGAUGAUGUCAUCCACCAUGAAGUGAAAGAAAUUGGGACACAUAUCUUGGUGUGUGCAGUUAGCUACACGACUCAGAGUGGAGAAAAGAUGUACUUUAGGAAAUUCUUCAAAUUUCAGGUUCUUAAACCUUUGGAUGUGAAAACCAAGUUUUAUAAUGCAGAGAGUGACCUCAGUUCUGUGACAGAUGAAGUAUUUCUUGAAGCCCAAAUUCAAAACAUUACAACCUCACCUAUGUUUAUGGAGAAGGUUUCUUUGGAGCCAUCUAUGAUGUACAACGUAGUAGAAUUAAAUACUGUGAAACAAGUUGGUGAAGGUGUGUCCACAUUUGGCUCAAGGACAUAUUUGCAACCAUUGGAUACCCGGCAGUAUUUAUACUGUCUGAAACCCAAGCAGGAAUUUGCAGAAAAAGCUGGAAUUAUUAAGGGAGUAACAGUAAUCGGAAAAUUAGAUAUAGUGUGGAAAACAAACUUGGGUGAAAGAGGAAGAUUGCAGACCAGUCAACUGCAGAGAAUGGCCCCAGGUUAUGGUGAUGUUAGAUUGUCUUUGGAGGCAAUCCCAGAUACUGUAAAUCUGGAAGAACCUUUUCAUAUUACUUGUAAAAUAACAAACUGCAGCAGUGAAAGGACCAUGGACCUGGUUUUGGAAAUGUGCAAUACAAAUUCCAUCCACUGGUGUGGAGUUUCAGGAAGACAGCUUGGAAAGCUGAACCCCAGUUCAUCUCUUUAUCUUGCCCUCACACUGCUUUCUUCUGUACAGGGACUGCAAAGUGUCUCUGGCUUACGACUAACUGACACAUUCUUGAAGAGAACAUAUGAAUAUGAUGAUAUUGCUCAAGUCUGUGUAGUGUCAUCAACCAUUCAAGUAGAAGGCUAAAGAAAGUCUUUGGUCUUUGUGGUUUCUAUGAUAUUUCUUUAAACAACUUUUUCUAUUUUUUUUUAAUCUGAAUGUUAAAAAUGUUUUACCAUCAGGUUUUAUUAGGAAUAUAAGCACAUCACAAGUAAUUUUAUUAUUAUUUAAAUUUCUUCCUUGAAAUGGUAAUGAGACUUUGGAUAUUCUAGACACAAUGUUAUAGUUUAAAGUCUCCGGACUGUGUCUUCUGCAAGACAAUAAAUUAUAAUUCUUCACAUCUA